UAAACAAUUUUGACCUUUCAAUUAUUCCAAUUUUAUUUUCUCGACAAAGGAAUUUUGGGUAUCUUUUUCUUCUCAUUUUCCUUCAUUCGAUUAUCGAAGCUUCAAUUUCUUUCAAAUAGAAAGGUAGGGAACAGGUAGAGUAGAUUUGGAGUCUAAAUUGGUAUUUACUAGGACUUCAAAUGACUUCAGUCAGUUCACCUCAGUGGCAAGAGAAGGCUAGUGAUUUCUUUCAAUCCUCGGGGGUGAAGCUUAAAGAAGCAGGACAAACUGCUGGAACUUUGGUGGGGGACGUUGCGAAGGAUACAAAAGAAAACGUUGCUGAUGUUGCAGGGAAAGUUGGGUCGGCUGUCAAAAGCCGGUGGGAGAUUCUUCAACACCCGUCUACUAAACAUGAGAUGCAGGAAAAGCUUAUUUCUGCUGCUGCAACUACCAGCAUGUUUUUGAGGAAGGGAUUUUCGGGGACUAAAGAUAAGGUUGCCAUGGGGAAGACAAAAGUUGAAGAGGUCGCCAAGAAGACUGCACAAAAAAGCAAGACCCUCUUGACUGAUAUUGAGCGAUGGCAAAAAGGGGUUGCAAACACUGAUGUCUUUGAAGUUCCAAUUGAGCUUACUGUUCAGCGCCAACAGUCCACCAGGCCCAUUCCUUGUAUACUGGUCAAAUGUGCAGAUUUUCUUGUAUUAUCAGGACUGAACACACAAGAGCUGUUCAAGGCUCAAGGAAACAAAAAGGUUAUUAGGCAGUUAGUUUCCCUAUAUAAUCAAGACCCAAAUGCAUCCUUACCAGAGGGUGUAGAUCCUGUUAACAUUGCAGCUCUUAUUAAGUGUUACAUUGCGAGCCUUCCUGAGCCAUUAACGACCUUUGAACUCUAUAGUGAUAUUAGAAAUGCUCGUUCCAGCAUGCAUGUAAUGAGAAAUACAUUAAAGAGGCUUCCAACAGUUAACUAUAUGACGCUGGAACUAGUUACUGCACUGCUACUUCGUGUUAGCCAGAAGUCUUUUCUUAACAAGGUAGAUUGCAUCUCUAUCUCACUUGCUCACUCAAGACGCAGUCAUUUCCAUCAUCUGGCUGUUUGUGGAUGUGUUAGUUUU